CACACAUAUUUCGCCAAACACAGCACAAAAAGGGGGAAAUUUCUAGAGAGAGAAGAAAAAGGCUAACUCGCCGGAAAUGCCUGUCUCUCCGGUGACAUUCUGGCUAUUUCGUGGACUCUCUGAAAUGCUGGGAUAAGACUGCAGAGGUGUAGAGUUUGUAUUUUCCGAAGGGAUACGGGAGAGUUUGGGAGUUUAUUUAUGACCACAAAAUGCACGAAGCAGUAUGCAAUCACCAUUCCGACGUUCAGAUUAACGGCAAGAGGAACAAGUCUGGGGAAGACGGAGACAAGGAAGAGAGAGACUCGCGCCAUCUGGUUGUUGCUGUUGCGCCACCGCCGCACCGGAGUCGAUCCCAGGCUACCACUCGGCGCGUGACUCCCACGAGCAUUACUUCGGACGCCUCACCUGUCGAGAGGCUUCUUCCCAACGGGGAUCUCUACAUUGGGAGCUUCUCUGGGAGCGUGCCGCACGGAUCGGGGAAGUAUUUGUGGAAGGAUGGGUGUAUGUAUGAGGGCGAGUGGCGUCGCGGCAAAGCCUCGGGGAAAGGGAAGUUUUCGUGGCCGUCCGGGGCAACCUUUGAGGGGGAGUUUAAGUCGGGACGAAUGGAAGGGUUCGGGACAUUCAUCGGAUCUGAUGGAGACACCUACCGAGGGUCCUGGAUCGCCGACAGGAAGCACGGAAAUGGGCUGAAGCGAUACGCGAAUGGAGAUUUCUAUGAAGGAUCCUGGAAGAAGAAUCUGCAGGACGGGAACGGUAGGUAUGUCUGGAGCAAUGGAAAUGAGUACGUCGGUGAGUGGAAGAACGGCGUGAUAUCGGGUCGUGGCGUGCUGUUUUGGGCCAACGGGAACCGCUACGAUGGCCACUGGGAAAAUGGGGUUCCAAAAGGAAACGGGGUCUUCUCGUGGCCUGAUGGGAGUUGCGCCAUCGCCGCGUGGAAUGAGGACGAGAAGAUAAUCCAGCAGCUAAACGGGACCUUUUAUCACGGGAAUAAUGGGAAGGAGCAGUGCUUGAAAGGGGGUGAGAGUUUGGUGUUGAUGCCUCGAAAGAGGUCGUCUGUGGAUGGAGCCAGGGGGAGCCUGGCAGAACGGAACUUCCCGAGGAUUUGUAUAUGGGAGAGCGACGGUGAAGCUGGGGAUAUUACUUGCGAUAUUGUCGAUAAUGUAGAGGCUUCGAUGAUUUACCGGGAGGGGUUGGGGCUAGGUGGAGAUGGGUUUACGCAGUUCAGGAAGAGUCCAUGUUGUUUUAGCGGUGAGGUGAAGAAGCCUGGGCAGACCAUAUCUAAAGGCCAUAAGAAUUAUGAUUUAAUGCUUAAUUUGCAGCUGGGUAUUAGGUAUUCCAUUGGGAAGGAUGCUUCUAUUUUGCGGGACUUGAAAUCGCAUGAUUUUGAUCCUAAAGAGAAGUUUUGGACUAGGUUUCCGCCAGAAGGGUCGAAGUUGACACCACCCCAUCAAUCGGUGGAGUUCCGAUGGAAGGAUUACUGUCCAAUGGUGUUUAGACGUCUAAGGGAACUAUUCCAAGUAGAUCCUGCUGAUUACAUGCUAGCUAUUUGCGGCAACGAUGCCCUUAGGGAGCUUUCUUCACCGGGCAAGAGUGGAAGCUUCUUUUACCUUACUCAAGAUGACAGGUUUAUGAUUAAGACAGUGAAGAAAUCAGAAGUCAAGGUUCUUAUCAAGAUGCUUCCUAGUUAUUAUCAACAUGUCUGUCGGUAUGAAAACUCCCUUGUGACGAAGUUCUAUGGCGUGCAUUGUGUCAAGCCAGUUGGAGGCCAGAAGACUCGGUUCAUUGUAAUGGGCAAUUUGUUCUGUUCUGAAUACCGAAUCCAUAGGCGGUAUGACCUUAAAGGGUCCUCCCAUGGACGCACAACGGAUAAGCCUGAGGAGGAGAUUGAUGAAACAACAACCCUCAAGGACUUGGAUCUCAAUUUUGUGUUUCGCCUCCAACAGAAUUGGUUCCAGGAGCUUAUGGAGCAAAUUGAUCGAGAUUGUGAGUUCUUAGAGGCUGAGAGAAUUAUGGAUUACAGUCUAUUGGUUGGUCUUCACUUCCGUGAUGACAAUAGAGGCGAUAAAAUGGGUUUAUCACCAUUUCUUUUACGCACUGGAAAAAGGGACUCAUAUCAGAAUGAGAAGUUCAUGCGUGGCUGUCGUUUCUUGGAAGCAGAGUUGCAAAACAUGGAUCGGAUUUUGUCCGGCCGGAAACCAUUGAUUAGGCUAGGAGCCAACAUGCCUGCAAGAGCAGAACGGGUGGCUCGAAGGAGUGACUUUGAUCAGUAUGCCUUGACACCUUCACGAAGUGGUGAGGUUUACGAAGUAGUCCUAUACUUUGGCAUCAUUGAUAUCUUACAAGAUUAUGACAUCAGCAAGAAAUUAGAGCAUGCAUACAAGUCUCUACAAGCUGAUCCCACAUCAAUCUCAGCUGUUGAUCCGAAGCUCUACUCUAAGAGGUUCCGAGAUUUCAUAGGAAGAAUCUUUGUAGAAGACAGGUAGUAGUACUCAAAAGGAAAACUGAAAUAAAAAGAUCCUGGUGGUUCAAUCCUGCGUGCUCCUUUAUAGAAUGAUAUGCCUGGAAUUAUGCAGUUCCUGGUGUGUUGCUGAGCUAAAAACUCUUGUGGGAGAGAGCAAGCAAGUGAAAGGUGGGGUUGAAGCUCAGCAUGAUCAGUUUUUGCAGCAGUGAUGAACUAAUGGCUGAAUUUUAAGGAUCAGCCAUUGCAAUGGUGUUGGGGGCUAGGAGGGCAGGUAGGUUGUACAUUCCAUUCAGAGUGUAAGGAAAUUUGGAUUCCAAUGGUUUUUUGUUUCUUAGGGAUGGUGGGGAGGGUUGAUAUAUUUUUGUGGUUACCAAGGAAUGGGAAUGAAGAAGAUAAAAAGAUAGGGUAUAGGGAACAGAGAAGUUUCCCAGAGAAGAUUCAAAGUGGGAAUAAGAAAGUGUACAGCUUAUUAUAGGAAGGAUGGAUAGAUUAUGGAAUUCCAUGAUUUUUAAUUUUGUGAGAUACUACUCUCUUUUUUUUCCCUUUUUUUUUUUAAAAAAAAUAUUGGUAUUGUAUAUACAUGGGAAUGGGGGUGUGGAAUGGGAUGUAGUAGUAAUAAUAGAACAGAAGUGGGAUCAUUACUUUGCUUUUUGCAGUGAGAGGUUAAAGGCAUGAAAAGGAGAGAAAGCUAGAGAAAGAUGCGCUGCUAUUUCUUAUUCUUACCCACUUUGUUCACCCUUCUCUUCUUUUUACUGUUUUUCCAUUCUUCUGUUUAAUCUUGGGAAAGCAAUUCAAUUACUACCAUACUGCUAUCAGUUCAUUGCAG